UAAAUUGAAUUUGAUGAAAACUUGAUGAUUUAAACAAUUGUUAGCUGCCAAUAGGAUAUUGAGUUCUUUUUCUUGUUUCACUUUUUUUCAUUUUAAGUUUUUGGAAAAAUAAUCAAUUUUGAAAUUCAUGACAAAAACAAUCGAAAACGAUUAUUCUCGUCGUCCUACCAAACAUCCACCACUAACACGAGCAAAACACCUACCAUCACCACCAACACCACCAAAUGAUAAUAGUGGUAAAAUUUCAUUUAUAAAUAGUGAUGGUAAUUGUUAUUGUUAUGAUGGUUGUAAAAUAUCACCACCAUCAACAAACGAUACAAAUCAAUUGAAGCAAACAAAACGAAAAAAAUUUCAAAAAAAUGUAUAUUUUUAUCUAACAAUCAUUGUUGUUAUAAUGAUUAAUAUUUUAUAUAUACAAUUUGUUGCCAUAAAGUUAAUCGAACCAAUUGGUGAAUCAAUAUUGAUUAUAUCGCAAAUAAUAUUCAUACAAGUACUACUAUAUCUAUGGGCAACAGCAUAUACUGAUCCAGGAAUCAUACCGAAAGCAAAUGGCUAUGAAAUAAUUGCCGUACAACAAGAAAUACGUCGUUUAUAUUUAACUGAUAAUUAUUUAAAUAAAAAUCGUAAUAAACCAAAUGAUUCACCCGAUAAUUCAUCAUCAUAUUCAAAUCGUUUUGGAAAAUUACAAACAACAAAUCAAACAAUAAUAAAUCCAUUUAUGAAUAUGAAAAAAAUGAAAAUGAUAACAAAACCAUUAAUUAUAAAUGAUCAAAGAUUUAGACAAAAAUAUUGUUAUACAUGUCAAUUUUUUCGUCCACCACGUUCAUCACAUUGUUCAGUUUGUAAUCGUUGUAUUGAACGUUUUGAUCAUCAUUGUCCAUGGGUGGGUAAUUGUGUUGGACAACGUAAUUAUCGUUCAUUUUAUAUGUUUUUAUUAUCAUUAUCAGCAUAUGGUAUAUUUACAAGUGCAAAUGAAAUUGUUGUCAUACUUAUUGAACAUAAAAAAAUUCAAUCAAUGUGGAAAGUAUUUCAUCAAUCACCAAUUGUUAUAACAUUAUUAUUAUUAAAUAUAUUGAUUAUUUGGUCAAUAUUAGGUUUAACCGGUUUUCAUACAUAUCUAUUAAUUAAUAAUAUGACCACCAAUGAAGAUAUUAAACAAACAUUUGUUACUAAACAACAACAACAACAACAAUCACAAUCAUAUGAUAUUGAAAUGGUUGAAAAUCCAUUUAGUGAUGGAUCAGCUUAUGGUAAUUGUACAAGAACAUUAUGUUCAUCACGUCCAAAAACAUAUUUAAAAUGAACAAAAAAAAA